AUGCAGCUGACCAAUCUCUUCUGUCUCGCUUCUGUUCUGACCUCUGUGUCAGCCAUUACCGUAAGCUACGACCCAGGCUACGGUGAUGCCAACCGCGCCAUGACCGCUGUCUCCUGCUCCGACGGCAGUAACGGUCUCAUCACCCGCUACAAGUGGCAGAAGCAAGGACAGAUCCCCAAAUUCCCCUACAUCGGCGGCGCGCAAGCAAUUCCUGGGUGGAACUCACCAAACUGUGGAACUUGUUGGAAGUUGACAUACAAGGGAAAGAGUAUUAAUAUCCUGGCGAUUGAUCACACAAGUCAGGGUUUCAACAUCUCGCCGGCAGCUAUGAAUGCUUUGACCAACAACCAGGCUGUUAAGCUUGGAAGGGUUGAUGCAACUGCUGUUCAGGUUCCUGUCACCAACUGCGGUUUGAAGAAGUAA